UAUGUUGUAUAUGUAAAUCCUAGAUGUGAAAAUAGGCAUAAUUCAUCCUAAAAGGGUAUAAAGAAUAGAUAGGCGGAAAUCCAAUAUCUAUUCAAAAAAAAAAAAGAACAAUGGCCAAUUAGAUCGAAAUAAUGAAUCAUAAAUGGAGUUCGGGUUCGAAUUCUAUAGAUAAUAGAAUCUAAUACGGAUGGUUUUUCUAUAAUGAUAGAGAAAUGAAAGAGACUUACUCGUGAUUUCAUGUACUUAAUAUUUCUUUUGAAAAAAAGAAGGAUUGGCUGAACUUGAAAAUUGACUCAUUGAAUGAGUAAUUGAAUGAGUAAACGAUUGAAUCGUAUUCGGUUGGGUGGUACCAACUAAAUCAAGUGCUAACUCCCAUUUAUUUCUUAUUGAAUUAACCGAUCAACUUGCUAUCGGACAUUUAUUUUCGACUUGGCAUGGCACUAUUCAAAAAAACUUUCGACAUACUUUACUUUAAUUAUAAUUAUGAGAAUCAAUCCUACCCCUUCUAGUCCUGCGGUUUCCACACUUGAAGAACAAAACCUAGGGCGUAUCGCUCAAAUUAUUGGCCCAGUACUGGAUGUUGUUUUUCCUCCGGGCAAGAUGCCUAAUAUUUAUAACGCUUUGGUAGUUAAGGGUCGAGAUACUAUUGGUCAGCAAAUUAAUGUGACUUGUGAGGUACAACAAUUAUUAGGAAAUAAUCGAGUUAGAGCUGUAGCUAUGAGUGCUACAGAUGGACUGAUGAGAGGAAUGGAAGUGAUUGACACGGGAGCUCCUCUAAGCGUUCCAGUCGGUGGAGCUACCCUCGGACGAAUUUUCAACGUUCUUGGGGAGCCUGUUGAUAAUUUAGGUCCUGUAGAUACUAGCACAACAUCUCCUAUUCAUAGACCUGCACCUGCCUUUAUACAGUUAGAGACGAAAUUAUCAAUCUUUGAAACAGGAAUUAAAGUAGUGGAUCUUUUAGCUCCUUAUCGCCGUGGAGGAAAAAUCGGACUAUUUGGAGGAGCUGGAGUAGGUAAAACAGUACUCAUCAUGGAAUUGAUCAACAACAUUGCCAAAGCUCAUGGAGGCGUAUCUGUAUUUGGCGGAGUAGGCGAACGUACUCGUGAAGGAAAUGAUCUUUACAUGGAAAUGAAAGAAUCCGGAGUAAUUAAUGAAAAAAAUAUUGCAGAAUCAAAAGUAGCUCUAGUCUACGGUCAAAUGAAUGAACCGCCGGGAGCUCGUAUGAGAGUUGGUUUGACUGCCCUAACUAUGGCGGAAUAUUUCCGGGAUGUUAAUGAACAAGACGUACUUCUAUUCAUCGACAAUAUCUUUCGUUUCGUCCAAGCAGGAUCAGAAGUAUCCGCCUUAUUGGGGAGAAUGCCUUCUGCAGUGGGUUAUCAACCUACCCUUAGUACAGAAAUGGGUUCUUUGCAAGAAAGAAUUACUUCUACCAAAGAGGGAUCUAUAACUUCGAUCCAAGCCGUUUAUGUACCUGCGGACGAUUUGACCGACCCUGCUCCUGCCACGACAUUUGCACAUUUAGAUGCUACUACCGUAUUAUCGAGAGGAUUAGCUGCCAAAGGUAUUUAUCCAGCAGUGGAUCCUUUAGAUUCAACGUCAACUAUGUUACAACCUCGGAUCGUUGGCGAGGAACAUUAUGAAACUGCGCAAAGAGUUAAGCAAACUUCACAACGUUACAAAGAACUUCAGGACAUUAUAGCUAUUCUUGGGUUGGACGAAUUAUCCGAAGAAGAUCGUUUAACUGUAGCAAGAGCACGAAAAAUCGAGCGUUUCUUAUCACAACCCUUCUUCGUGGCAGAAGUAUUUACUGGUUCUCCAGGAAAAUAUGUUGGUCUUGCAGAAACAAUUAGGGGGUUUCAACUGAUCCUUUCCGGAGAAUUAGACAGUCUUCCCGAGCAGGCCUUUUAUUUAGUAGGUAACAUCGAUGAAGCUACCGCGAAAGCUAUGAACUUAGAAGAGGAGAAAGUGAAAGAAAUAAUUUUAUCUACUAAUAGUGGCCAAAUUGGCGUAUUACCAAACCACGCCCCUAUUGCCACGGCUGUAGAUAUAGGUCUUUUGAGAAUACGCCUCAACAACGACCAAUGGUUAACGGUGGCUCUGAUGGGUGGUUUCGCUAGAAUAGGUAAUAAUGAAAUCACCAUUUUAGGAAAUGAUGCGGAAAUAAGUACUGACAUUGAUCCGCAAGAAGCUCAACAAGCUCUUGAAAUAGCUGAAGCUAACUUGAGUAGAGCUGAGGGUAAGAGACAAGCAAUUGAAGCGAAUCUAGCUCUCAGACGAGCUAGGACACGAGUAGAGGCUGUCAAUGUUAUUUCCUACUAGUCAAGUCAAUACAUCAAAAUAAUAAAGAGAAGUUUUUAAAAAGUUCUUUAUUAUACACCACAUGUUGAUUCUGCCAAUUGAACACAAUCAAGUCUAAUCUGAUAAAACAAAAAAAGAAGAUGGGGUAGAAAAACUUAUUAGAUAUCAUUUCAUCGACUCCGGUAUCUAAUAAGUUCUACCUACUAUUGGAUUUGAACCAAUGACUCCCGCCGUAUGAAAGCAAUACUCUAACCACUGAGUUAAGUAGGUCAUUUAUCACCACAAAAAGAACCCAUCACUUCGGGGAUUAUAGGUGGAAUAUUAUUUCUAAGCAAUACUAAUCUGUUCUGUUAAGCGUAAAUAAAUCUGUUCUGUUAAGCGUAAAUAAAAUAAAUAGAUCAGAGAGCUAUGAUGUGGAUUAUGGAAUAUCCAUCUUGACAAGAAAUUAUCUAUAUGUUAAGAUGUCUAUGACAAGGGCUAUAGCUCAGUUGGUAGAGCACCUCGUUUACACGCGCGCCAAUGCUUUUCAAAGGAGCCUAUUAUGCAAUGAACAUAAUUGAUCGUAUUGAGAAAUCGAUGUCUUACUCCAUAGGUUCGAGGGAACAAGAGAACAAUAGCCUGACAAAUAUUUGGUUCGGUCCGAUUCAGGCGCGAAUUCAGUUGCCAAAUCAAAUAGAACCCGCCAUUGAUUUGAUAGUUGAUAAGGUAAAUACCCAGCCCAUUCAAUGCUAGGCAUAAUGAGUAUAAGGGCCUCAAAAUAACCUCUUUUCGUCCUAUGAACUUUAAGGUGUAUGAAGUCUCAUAUUCGACUGUUGCAGCGGAGCGAUAGAGAUUCCAUUUAACUUAGGUUGAUCUAGGCCGAAGGCAGACCUAAGUCAAGAUAACCCUUCUUUGAAACACUUUGGUAUUGCUCCUAGAUCAGAAUACAAAUAAUAAAUCAGAGCACAUGGAACCAUCUCAUUAUCUUCCUCUAAAGAAAAAAUAUGGUGGACUAACUGAUCUUUACAUCAGUUGAUGAAAGAGCCCAAUGCAACAAAAUGCAUGUUGGGUCUUUGAAACAGUUCGAAUCAUUUCGAUAAUAAUCAGUUUGAUCUGUUUUACCGAGAAGGUCUACGGUUCGAGUCCGUAUAGCCCUA